AUGGGGUGCUGUUGUUCGUGGGUGCGUGGUAUUUGCGCCAGGAGAUGCAGCCGCGUGAGCCUGCCGAGCUGCAAGUGUUGCUGUUCGUGGAUCCGCAGCCUCCCAAGCUGUACGUGUUGUUGUUCAUGGAUCCGCAGAGUAUGUGGCAGAAAGAAGAGGGAGGCUGGGCAAGAAACAUCGACAUCAGAGACAAAGAAAACAAAGAGGAAAUGGGGGCGCGGCUUCUGUGGCAAGACAGCACAAGAAGCGGAGGAGCCAUUGACAUCAGAGACAAAGAAGAAGAGGAAGAACGGGGUGACGAGCUCUGAGACGGACAAAAAAAGGUGGCUCAAGACAAGGAUUUGGAGAAAGAAGAAAGCCAAGAAUGAUCAGUUGGCAAGCCUUGUGAAAGAAAUUUCACUCGCAAAUAGUCCCAAGGCCAGGGCUGCAGCAGGGGAGAUACUACGGAUCGGCAACCACAACAUUCCUAGCAGGGUGUUUACAUUUGGUCAAUUGUCAGAUGCGACCAAUUCUUUCAGCCCGGAGAAUCUCCUGGGAGAAGGUGGCUUCGGAAGAGUGUAUAGAGGAUACAUUUCAGAGACCAUGGAAGUCAUAGCUGUUAAGCAGCUAGACAAGGAUGGGUUGCAGGGAAACCGUGAGUUCCUCGUCGAGGUGCUGAUGCUUAGCCUUCUUCAUCACCCAAAUCUUGUCACCUUGCUUGGAUACUGCACCGAAUGUGACCAGAAGAUUCUAGUGUAUGAGUAUAUGCCACUCGGUUCGGUGCAAGAUCAUCUUCUAGAUCUCACUCCAAAAUCUCAGCCGCUGUCCUGGCAUACACGGAUGAAGGUUGCGGUUGGUGCUGCCAGAGGCCUCGAGUACUUGCAUGAGGUAGCCAAUCCACCAGUGAUAUACCGUGAUCUUAAGGCAUCAAAUAUUCUCUUGGAUGGGAGCUUCAAUGCAAAGUUAGCAGAUUUUGGCCUAGCAAAGCUUGGUCCAGUUGGCGACAAAAGUCAUGUCACCACAAGGGUGAUGGGCACAUAUGGAUACUGCGCUCCCGAGUAUGCCAUGAGUGGCAAGCUAACAAAGAUGUCGGACAUAUAUUGCUUUGGCGUGGUUCUCCUAGAGCUCAUCACUGGGAGGCGAGCAAUCGACACCACAAAGCCGACUCGCGAACAGAUUCUUGUCCACUGGGCAGCUCCACUCUUCAAAGAUAAGAAGAAGUUCAUCAAGAUGGCUGAUCCACUGCUUGACAACAAGUUCCCCCUGAAGGGUCUAAACCAGGCACUUGCAAUCUCGUCAAUGUGUCUACAAGAAGAAGCAACCAGCCGCCCGCUAAUCAGUGAUGUGGUGACGGCCCUUACAUUUCUCGCCGAUCCAAACUAUGAUCCUCCCGAUGACAUUGAACCGCAACCUAUAUCAGGUCCCUUUUUUGACAGAGAAUUUAGCUUAAGAGAACCUGAAUUAGGUGAAAAAAGUUGCAGAAAUGAGUAGAAGGUUAGCUGAAGUGAAUUCUGACACGAGCAGAUGGUGAAUCUAGCCAGCAAGGUUUGUAGAGGUACCAGAUGGAGGAGGCACGAAAUUUGUA